GGGCAUAAAAAAUUAUAAAUCUGACACAAUAAUGCCCAUAUUUGAAACAAUAUAUAAAAAGGAUUAAAAAUCAGUUUAAAAAAUGGACCCUAGAAUGUAUUAAAAACACCUCACUUGAAUCCUAUAUUUGUAAUCAUAGGAAAGGGGAACGUGGAAUGUGCAUCUUAAUUCCGAACUCUGCUUUGUAUUGUUAUCUGUGUGUUAGUUAAAUCAAUAAUAACCGUAGCAGAAUCCUUAUAAACUAUGUCCAGCGUAAAAGUCUAAAAUAAAAAAAAUGGACAACCCAUAAAAUCUACUGCCUUCCAUUUAACAUGAUAAAAAUAAUUUUCACUAAAACAUGCCAAAUCCAAAUUUAACCUUAUCUCUCUAACAAACAUAACAGAAAAACACUUCCCCCCCAUGCAAAUUCCUCCAUCAAAAACCACCAAUUUGUCCAUUUUCCUUUCCUGCUGCCGCCACCAACAACAGUAACAUCAACAUCAGCAGCAGCAGCCAUAACAAUAUUUAUUGUCAAUGUCAUAAAUUUUAUUCUUUAUGAUAUAAUAUUACCAUUGUAUGAGAAGAAACCUUAUUCUUUCAUUAAUUUCUUUUUUUUUUUUGGGGGGGCACGGUGAAUGUGCUAGGAACAUUAGACAUUUCAAAUAUGGCAGCAACAGCAGCAAUGAGAAUUGAACAAUACAAUCAGCUAAAGGAUAUAUUCGCUCGAUUCGACAUGGAUUCCGAUGGCAGCCUCACUAUUUUAGAGCUUGCAGCAUUGUUGAGGUCAUUAGGGCUCAAGCCUUCAGGUGACCAAAUUCAUGUCCUAUUAGCUAACAUGGAUUCUAAUGGCAAUGGGUCAGUAGAAUUUGAUGAAUUGGCUAGCGCCAUAUUGCCUGAUAUGAAUGAAGAGACUUUUGUAAACCAAGAACAGCUCUUGGAUGUGUUUCAAUUGUUCGACCGCGAUGGUAAUGGCUACAUCAGCGCGGCCGAGUUAGCAGGAUCCAUGGCUAAAAUGGGGCAGCCAUUAACCUAUAAGGAGCUUAGGGAGAUGAUCAAGGAGGCAGAUACAGAUGGCGAUGGUGUCAUUAGCUUCAGUGAAUUUACUUCUGUAAUGGCUAGGUCAACCAUGGAAUUCUUAGGCUUCACUUUGUCAUGACCGAUUGAAGGGUAUGCUGUGGCAUUUUGGUGAUCCUGAUUGCCCUAAUUCUUUGUCAAUGUCAAUUCCAUUAAUUUGCUAACAAAUUUUAGAUUGCAGGGCUAAAAUGAUUUGUUCAUUUUAUAGGCAUUUCUUGUAGAGAUUAUUUGUUGAAUUUAAAUGUUUAAUAUACAUGACUAAGAAACCUUCUUCUCUAUC